GAGGUUGGGCCUUCUGUGCUCAAGCAGGGGGCUCAAGAAGACAAGGGAGACACAGCGCGUCUGCAAUACUUUGUGGGCGCCAUUGCUGUGGGUGACCUUGUGAAAUCGACUCUGGGGCCUAAGGGUCUCGAUAAGAUUCUUCUACCCAUGCAGGUGGAUGCUGCUCGGAGGGAAAAGCCGACUGUGACAAACGAUGGAGCGACUAUCCUCAAGUCUGUCUGGUUGGAGAACCCGGCCGCUAAGAUCCUCGCAGACUUGGCGUUGCAGCAGGACAUGGUGUGCGGGGACGGUACAACAGGCGUUGUUGUGUUGGCGGCUGAGCUGCUGCGCGAGGCGGAGCAACUCGUCGAGAAAAACAUUCAUCCCCAGACGAUCAUCAGCGGAUAUCGAAAGGCAGCUGCAGCUGCAAGGGAACGCUUGGCCUCCGUGGCAUUUGGUGUGACUGAUGAGGUCUCGAUGAAGCAGUGUCUCCUUAAUGUUGCCCGCACCACUCUCUCGUCGAAGCUAUUGACUCACGACAAGGAACACUUUGCAAGAAUCGCAGUCGAUGCAGUGAUGCGCUUGAAGGAGAACGCUGCGUCUCUGGAUCUCAUUCACAUACUCAAGAAACCCGGAGGCACCCUCCGAGACUCAUACUUAGACGACGGCUUCAUUCUUGAGAAGAGGAUUGGUGUUGGACAGCCCAGAGUGAAGGAGAACUGCAAGGUGAUGGUGGCAAACACCCCAAUGGACACUGACAAGAUCAAGAUUUUCGGUGCGCGGGUCAAAGUGGACUCCUUUGAGGCGGUUCAUCAGCUCGAGCUGGCGGAGAAGGAGAAAAUGAAGCAAAAGGUUGAUAAGAUCUUGGCUUACAAUUGUGACGUCUUCAUAAAUCGUCAGCUGAUCUACAAUUACCCCGAUCAGCUUUUCAAAGCCGCGGGUGUAGCAGCCAUCGAGCACUCAGACUUUGACGGCAUGGAACGCCUUGCAGCAGCACUAGGGGCCGAAAUCGUGUCAACCUUCGAUGCUCCCUCAGAUGCUCCACUGGGCUUUUGCGCAAAGAUGGAAGAGGUAGUCAUUGGCGAGGACACCGCAAUAAGGUUCUCCGGCUGCAAAGCUGGCGGAGCCUGCACGGUGGUUCUGCGGGGGAGCAGCGAGCAGGGCUUAGAUGAGGCAGAACGUUCCUUGCAUGACGCUUUGGCAAUUUUGUCACAGUUAGUGCUGCAGCAGCAGCAGCAGAAGAAAGAGCAAAAGCAAGCAGCACAAGCAGCAGCAGGGAUGGUAACCCACGCAGACGGCCUCGGACAGGGUCUGCUGAGCUCUCAGGAGCAGCAGCUGCUGCUUGUUUGCGGCGCUGGCGCGGCAGAAAUGGCCAUGGAAGCAGCUGUCUCGGAUCUGGCGAAGAAAGUUCCUGGAAAAGAGAGCUUGGCUGUCGAGAGCUUUGCACGAGCGCUUCGUCAGAUCCCCACUAUUAUCCUCGACAAUGCAGGACUGGAUAGCGCAGAGAUCGUCUCUCAGCUGCGGGCGCAGCACCAUGAGGGCCAGCACACGAUGGGAGUGGAUGUGCAAGGAGACGGAGGAACGAUUGACGUGAAGCAGUUGGGGGUUCUUGAGGCCUUUAAGAGCAAACUUUCUCAACUUUGUUUUGCAACUGAGGCGGCCGAGAUGAUUAUCCGUGUAGACGACAUCAUCCGUUGCGCUCCUCGCGAGAGGAGCGGCAUGUGA